AUGGCUCAAAUAUAUACCAAUUGUUACAUCAAUAUCUCGGCAGACGCGUCGCAAAACGGUGCUGGCGGUCUCUUCCGCGACAGAGACGCGGCUGCGUAUCACCACUUCAGAAUGCGAGGCCCAGAAAGAACAGGGUACCAAGAGUAUCUUUGCUUUUCUCCUUCGUGGCUCGACGAGGUCGAACUUGCACCCCUGAAAAAGCGCGCCUGGGUCGUGCAAGAGCGAUUUCUUGCCCCCAGGGUCAUCCACUUCAGCGAGAGCCAAGUCCAUUGGGAAUGCGCAGAGCUCAUAACGUCGGAGAGCGUCCCAGACAACCUCUAUAUAUCGCCUCGAACAACCCUAACCUUCCGCAAAUCACCAGCUUGCAAGUCUAUUGGUGGGCAACCAGCUGAUAUAAUCGGUCGUUUUCGCCUGUGGACCCGACUUGUCGGCUCAUAUUCGAGAGCCAUGCUCACGUUUGUGACAGAUCGACCGGUCGCAAUCGCCGGCUUAGCUCGUGCAGUCUGUCAUCUGACGAACCUGGGGCCUCAUGAAUAUGUUUGUGGGCACUGGCGUCCACAUUUCAUUCCCGACAUAAUGUGGUUCACGAAAACUUCGCUUAGGCGGCUUAAGAACAAUUUUCCGUCUUGGUCAUGGCUCUCUGUUGAUGGGGACUUCACGAAUCUCUGCUUUUGGAAUUAUGGCGAAGGGAAAUGGGCCAGUCUUGCUGAACUUGAACGAGUAGACGUGAUACAAGAUGCUAGGAAUGAUGGCUUCGUGUCCAUAGAAUCCGCUAGCGCAAAUAUAUGGGCUUCAUUGUGCCGCGGAAUACUCUCAACUAGCAAAUAUAUUGCCCGGCCAUCUGACACUGGGCAAUUUGACUCGCUUCUGGUUCUUAGCAUUGGUCAGCACGUCUUGCGCUGUGGCAAUCAGGUAGUGAUGACCUUUGACGAUGGUGGCAGCGGCAUCUCCGCAAAUAUGACCAAAAGGGAAAUCUAUCUUCUGCUUGCCGGACACGAUGUCAGGCAAACUGAGGCUCGAGAUCAGAAAUCGACAACAAUCAACAUCAGCCUCUCGACAUCGAACAAGCCAGCUACGCAAUCGUUUAAAAAUAUACAGCUAUCGGCGGGAACCAACGUGCAUUGUCUAAUCAUUACGCCAACCGGAAAAACAGGUACCUUUCAGAGGAUAGGUUUUCUAGAGUUUGUUGGGGAAGCAUGCCCGCCAAACCUUCUCGAGGUCUUUUGCGGGACAAACAUUGAUGCAGAACUGUACGAAGAUUUGGACGAUCGGGAAAGAUAUCUUUUCACGUUAGUGUAG